CGAGCACAGAGACAGAAUGUAGGGGGCGGGCUUUCACCAGCGUCGCUGGUGCCUUUGUCUGUCACCGGCCAUCUUGGGAUCUGUCACCUUGUGGGUUCCUGCUCGGGAGGUCCUGGAGACUGCUGCGGCCUCCGUCACCCUGUGCUGUGCUGCAGCGGAAAGAUUCCCAGGAGGACGCAGGAUGCCGGGAAACCCGGAAAUGGAGUUGGUGUCAUUUGACGAUGUAGCUGUGUACUUCACCUGGGAUGAGUGGCAGGACCUGGAUGCUGCUCAGAAGACACUCUACAGGGAUGUGAUGCUGGAGAACUACAGCAGCCUGGUGUUCCUGGGCUACUGCAUGACCAAACCUGAGUUGAUACUCAUGUUGGAGCACGAAUUUGGACCAUGGAGGGUAGCAGACACUUCAAUCUGGAACCUUCCAGGGUACUCCAAGACCAAACCAGAUUUGACCUUCAAAUUGCAGCAUGGAUUUGAGUCAUGGAAUGUAUCAAAAGCCUCACUCUGGAAUCUCCCAGAUGUCCAUAAUAUGAGAGACCUGGAAAAUCAAGAGACACAUUUGUGGCAAGUUGAAGUCUCCAACAGCAUCACAUCAUAUGAACAGAUGGUUGAAGUACGUGAGACAUUUAAUGCAGAACUGAAGAUUCAAGAGAAAAUCCAUCAAUGGACAAAACCCUAUGAAUAUAAAGAAUAUGUGGAAAUGUUUUGUCAGAAUUUACAGCAAACCAGAAAUCAUACAUCUUGCACGUAUGAGAAUCCCUAUAAAUGGGAAGAAUGUAGAAAAACUUUCUAUUAUCAGUCAACACUCACUCAGCAUCAAAGAUUUAAUAUAGGUGAGAAACUCUGUGAGUCUCCACAAUGCUGGGAAAUUUUCCCCUGGAAGUCCCAACUUAAGAGUUUUCAUGCAGGUGAGAAACGCUAUGAAUGUGAAGAGUGUCAGAAGUCUUUCCACCGUAAGGCAAACCUCAUUCGACAUCAAAGAAGAACUCAUAGCAGAGAGAAGCCUUAUGACUGUAUGGAAUGUGGGAAAUCUUUCUACUGUAAGUCAGAUGUCACCCGACAUCAGAGAAGAACUCAUAGCAGAGAGAAGCCCUAUGAAUGUAUGGAAUGUAGUAAAACUUUCUACUGUAAGUCAUAUCUCAUUCGACAUCAAAGUAGAACUCAUAGUAGAGAGAAGCCCUAUGAAUGUGUAGAAUGUAGUAAAACUUUCUACUGUAAGUCAGAUCUCACUCGACAUCAGACAACUCAUAGUGGAGAGAAGCCCUAUGAAUGUAAAGAAUGUUCUAAAACCUUCUACUACAGAUCAGACCUUGCUAAUCAUGAGAGAACACAUACAGUUGAUAAUCCCUAUGAAUGUAAAGAGUGUAGGAAAACGUUCUGCUCCAAGUCAAGCCUCAAUCAACAUCAUAGAAUUCAUACAGGUGAGAAGCCUUAUGAAUGUAAUGAAUGUAAGAAAACCUUCAACUCUAAGUCAAACCUCACUGAACAUCAGAGAAGAACUCAUAGCAGAGAGAAGCCCUAUGAAUGUAAUGAAUGUUGGAAAUCCUUCUACUGUAAGUCAGAACUCACUAAUCAUCAGAGAACUCAUACAGUGGAGAAAUACUAUGAAUGUAAAGAGUGUAGGAAAAAUUUCUACUGUAAGUCAAACCUCAACCAACAUCAGAGAACUCAUACAGGUGAAAAACCCUAUGAAUGUAAAGAAUGUAGUAAAGCUUUCUACUGCAAGUCAAACCUUAAUCAACAUCAGAGAACUCAUACAGGUGAAAAACCCUAUGAAUGUAAAGAAUGCAGCAAAGCUUUCUACUGCAAGUCAAGUCUCGUGAAGCAUCAAAAAAUUCACACAGGUGAGAAGCCAUAUGAAUGUGGAGAAUGUAGAAAAACUUUCUAUCAAAAGUCAGAUCUCACCCGACAUCAGCGAACUCAUACAGGUGAGAAACCCUAUGAAUGUAAAGACUGUAGCAAAACUUUCUAUUGUAAGUCAAACCUCAAUCAACAUCAAAGAACUCAUACUCAUGAAAAACCUUAUGAAUGUAAAGAAUGUAGGAAAACUUUUUACUCAAAGUCAAACCUCACUGAACAUCAAAAAACUCAUACAGAUGAGAAACCCUAUAUGUUUAAUAUCGAUUGUCAACUUGACAAGAUCUGGAAUCACCUGGGAGACAGGCCUCUAGGCAUGCCUGUGACAGAUUAUCUAGAUUAAGUUAGCGUCUGGGGAUGUCUGUGAGGGAUUAUGUUGAUUAAAUUAAUACAAAUGGGAAGAUCCACUUUAAAUGUGGGUGAUACCAUUCCCUGGGCCCAGGUUAUGAACAACAUGGGAAGGAGUGGCACCCUUCCCUAGGCUGAGGUUCUGGAUUACAUGUAAGAAAAAUAGAUGGGCAUGAGCAUUCGUUAUUCUCUGCUUCCUGACUCCAGAUGCCACUUGACCAGCUGCCUCAAGCUCUUGCCACCAUAACUUCCCCACUAUGGUGGCUUGUACCUUACACUGUGAGCCAAAAUAAAUCCUUCAUGAAGUUGCUUUUGUCAGGGUAUUUUGUCACAGUGACAAGAAAAGUAACUAAAUAGGAAAUUGAUUCUGAAGUAGGGCCUUGCUGUCAUCAACUUAAAUACAUGGUUCUUAGGCCUUUGGUAGUUGCUUGCCGGAGGAAUGUGAAACUGAAACUUAGGGCUAAACAAACCCUUCAAAUCCUAUAAACAGAAUUUAAUGGUCCAUUCUGUUAGAAGUUUAUAGUUAGGAAGCAGUGAAAUGUGCUGUUGAAACCUGGCUCAUGAAGUUUCAGAGGGGAACAAAGACUAUCAGGAGCUGGACUACAGGCCAUUUGUGUUGGCCAAUAAUCUGACUACAUUCUGUCUGUGUUGUAAAAACUUAGUAAAGUUGUACUUAAAGGAAAUGGACUAAUUUGGUGGAUAAAAUUUCAAGAUAGUAGCGGAGUCAUGCUAAUACAUAGAUACUAUUCACUGCACUUAUAAAAGUCUGCAAUGAAAAAGAUAAAAUGUUUGGUAGAAAGAUAAAAAUGUGUAGUUUGUCAAAGAUUAAAAGAGCCAAAACAAAUUAACAGUUGUGGGCAACCAUAUACUGAAAAGAGGCUGUAAUUGUUAAAGAGAACCAUCCUGCACUGCAACAGGACAAUAGGAAAUGUGCCCUGAGUGCAGGACCCCACCAGGCAAAGAUUCCACUUGGGAAAAUGUAAACUUAUUUGAAAAGAGAGUUUGAACUGAAAUGCAGCUGAAGAGGUUCUCUCCUCCUUGAAGACAACCACAUAGGGAAGUGUUUUUCCAUGGUUAGCACACAAUAGCUGAUACAACUUUGGCCCAAAGGAGCCAGUUUACAUCUCUUACUAGCAGCAGCUCUUGGAAGUUUGUCUACAUGGUACUGGUUUACUAGAUAUGAAAGGUGUGCAAUAUGGUAUGAUUGGGAGUAGGGGGGGUCAUAGAGUCUUGCUUCUCAGUUUCAGAGAGCACCUGAGGCUAGACAGUGUGUGACAAGAUUAGAGUCUCUUCAAGGAGGCCCUUACUGGCCACUGCAUGCAGCUGUGAAGAUGAAGCCUAAGUUACAGUGGAGACUGGUAUAUUGGAGAUUCCAGGACCAUGGGACAUUUGCAGGAAAGUUGCAGGAAUGGAGUGGAGCCAUCCUAAGAGUUUGAGUGUCUUACAGGUAGCAAAGCUGGGCCGAUAGGGCUACCCAAGCACUUUGAAGUCCAGAUGAUUCUGCUAUGAGCCUCUGAUGCUGGACAUGGCGAUGCAGGAUUGUGUUUUCCCUGCUGAAAUUUAGCCUUGAUUCUUUUUUUUUGUUUUGUUUUUUUGGAAUGGGAAUGUUUAACAUGUGCUUUUAUGUAUUGGAACUAUCACUUGUCUUUUGAUAUUAUAGGAGCUCACAGUUAAGAGAUUGCCUUGAUCCUCAGAUGAGAUUUGUACUUUGGAUAUUUAGUGUUAGAACUGUUAAGGUUAUGGGACUUUUGAUGUUGUAUUUAAUGUAUUUUGCAUCAUGAGAUGGUCAUGAACCUGUGUGGUAGGGGGUGAAAGGUUCUAGCUUAGCAAUAUUCUUAAAUGUUUAGGAAUGGAGUUGCGAUGGUUAAUAUUCAUUGUCAGCUUGACAGGAUCUGGGAUCAUCUCAAACCUCUGGGAAUGUCUGUAGGAAUUAUCUUUAUUAGGUUAAUUAAGGUGGAAAGACUCACUCUACAUGAGGGCAGCACGAUUCUGUGUUGGGGUCUGGACUGCAUACAGAGGAAAAAGGUGACUGAAAAUAUGCAUUCAUUGUUCCCUGCUACCUGAGUGGAUGCCACUGGACCAGCUGCCUCAAGCUUCUGCCACCAUAACUUACUGCUCUAAAAUGGAUUGUACCCUUGAACUGUGAGCUGAAAUAAACCCUUCCUUAAUUUGC